AUGGAAAUGGAUGCCACCGUGGCAAAGACACUCGCCGGUUUAGAUGAGCUGCUGGCAAGAGCAGAGGCCAGUUUGAGCGAUGCGGCCACCAUCACCAUCACGUCUCGGGAGGGGUCUUCUGGCCACGAGACAUCGGUAAUAAUGCCCGAGGCAAAAGUGUUAGUACAGCUGUAUGCAAACUCGAAGCGCGGACUCGCGAACUUGCGGCUUCAGUGGUGCGUGGACGGCACUUUUACGGGCAGAGUUCCAUACCAAAAGCACUGCUGGCUGCUGAUGUGUCGCGCACUGCCACGGGGGCCAGUGCUCACGGCUGGCGCCUUUGUCGGCGAGCAUCAACCGGCAGAUGCAGACUUUCUGCAGUGGUUCGUGGCAAGCGCGAACGAAGCGGUCCGGACCGGGCUGCCGACCGGGCGCGGCGACGGAUCGUGCGUCCCCCUUGAACUGGCGCACUUCAUCGGGGAUGUGGCUGCACGUGCCCUGGCGAUGGGAACCAAACGUAGUGGGUACGAUGCAUGCCCGCAAGGGUAUUGCGAAACCGUAAUGGUAGGCCAUGUACCGUACUACCCUUUAGAAGAAGGUCCGGAGCGGGCGACGGAGUGCUUUGCUGAGCCUCCGACAAAGCGGAAGUUUGUCUGCAGGCCGUCACCGGUCCACGAAUUAGCGUCCUUCCAUCCGGUCAAGGACGUUAUAGCGUGUGACUUGGUGCACGGCCUGUAUGGAAGCAUAAUGCCUCGCAUUAUGAAGAUGGCAAAGGGCACGUACGGCGUGUUACGCCGAGCUAAGGCCUUGUGUCGUUACCUGCCAGUCGAGGCACCUCGGCAAAUACCACAGGCCCAGCUAGCAAACCUCACACGGAAAGAGUAUAGACCCAUUUUCCUGGUGGGAAUUUCACUCUUCCGCGUUCUUGACCCUCCUCACUAUGCCAUCUUCAUGAAGCUUUGGUUAGGUGUUCGCCUGCUCGGCACCGACCCAAAAGCGUGCUUCUCGCCCGCCAGAAGUCUGCUGCAGGACUUCGUGAAGCUUUCGCAGCCGGUAUUUCACCCGUCAAUGCCCGGUACGGACUACUACAGUCACAUGUUGCUGUAUAUGGCCCGGGAGGCGGCACAGCAUGGAGUGCAAAGCAUGGCGAGCUUUGAGGAACACAUCGCCAGAUUCCGCAACCUGCAGUACGAGAGUGGUGUGGAAGACGUGCUGAAGGAUGUGGUCGCUCGGCCCUCGAACUGCAGGUCAACGAGGCAAAGACCAAAUUAA